AUCAGAACCAAGUACUUGUUGUUUUCAAUGAGCCUGUGUUUCGCAUUUCGAACACGUGGUGAUCAGUGUUUAAACGAACAUAUUAGUGCACAUUACGUACCUAAGCUGUUCGUCAGUUACGAGAAAUACCAGUUCGACGUUGGCUUACGAAGGCAAUCAUGGACAGCAAGGGAACUAAUUGGCUGAAAAAAGAGAAGAGUGAAGUAUAUGAUGAAUCAGGCUCAUUGUUUCUUGCAGAUCCGCUAAAGAUGCCUAGUCUUCAUAUAAAGCAUGACCCAGAACUGAAACAGGAUUUGGAUGGCACUGAACAUGAUUUUCUUGAAGAUCCACUAAAGAUGCCUAGUCUUCAUAUAAAGCAUGACCCAGAACUGAAACAGGAUUUGGAUGGCACUGAACAUGAUUUUCUUGAAGAUGACUUGGAAAUCUCUCAGCCAAAUGAUUUUAUCAAGGAGGAUCCUGUACUAAAUUUGGAGGUGGAUGAGACUGAGAAUACUGUGGCAGCCUCAAUAAGAAAUGCAUCUGAUAGUACAAGCAAUAUUAUUCAUGUUAUUAGGGAAAUCACUACUAGUCCGCUAUUCUAUUGUUGCAGAAGAUUAAAAAGAAGCUUUACGAUAUUACGAGGUAUAUCAUUCCCAUUUAUGACAUUGGUUUGCAAUAACAACACAAACAGCAAACAUGAAAACCAAAACGCUUACAUUAAAUACUAUACUGUAAUUUGA